AGCGCAUGCGCUCUGAUUACAAUAACAAUGGCGUCUGCGUUUAGGAAGAAUGUAUUCUACACUAUUUACAGACGAAGUUUGAUACAGCAGAGGACUUUCUCAUCAGACAGAAAUGUAUUUUCUAGGUGUUUGAAACACAGCAAAGUCGUUAUAGCUGGCUUGUCGACAGCUUCUUUUAUUUGUUUGAGUGCAAUUUAUGCGAAACGAAAUGGGAUUCAAGUUCUUCAUGCAGGGGGAGAGGAGGAUUCAGAGAAGAAAAAGACGUCACCCACGUACAGAGAGAUGAGGUUUCUGCAGUUUGCUUCAGUGGAGUACAAAGGGGUCAUCUACAUGACUCCCCAGGACUUCCUGGAAUCUGUCACAGAGGAAAUGCCACGACCAAGAAUUGGAAGAGCCAGCUUAACGGAUGGUGAAGUUGCUGGCUGGUUGAAGCGUACUCCAAAUCGGCGCUACGGCAGUACCAAACUAUUUCGCAAUCUCCAUGACAAAGGUCUGAUCUCCUACACAGAGUACCUGUUUCUACUAUGUGUCCUAACAAAGUCCAAGUCGGGUUUCCGGAUAGCUUUUAAUAUGUUCGAUACUGACGGGAACCAGAUCGUGGAUAAAAAAGAGUUUCUGGUGUUGGAAUCCUUCUUCACUCUUCCCCCUCAGGAAAGGAAAUUUGUUCCCAGAGAACAGAAAAAAUUACAAGCCUUACUAAAUCUUGAGAGUGUUUUCAGUAAGAAAGAAGAUGCACCAAAUAAUGAAGACCCACUGAGCAAGUCUGUGGAGCCGGUACAAGAUACCACCUUGCUGGUUCAUUUCUUUGGCUCAAAAGGCAGAGAUGUUCUCAAAUACGAAGAUUUCCACAGUUUCAUGGAGAACCUCCAGUCAGAGGUGAUAGAGCUGGAGUUCCUGGAGUUUUCCCGGGGACUGGCCACCAUAUCCGAGGAAGACUUUGCCCGGAUCCUGCUGCGGUACACCAUGCUGGACAGCUCCAACAUCGAGGAGUGUAUCAAACGAGUCCGCAGUCGCACCCCCAGCGAAAAGGGAGUUUCGUUUGAAGAGUUCCGGAAGUUCUGUCAGUUCCUGAAUACACUUGAUGACUUCAGCAUCGCCAUGAAGAUGUACACAUACGCUGACCAGGCCGUCUCCAAGGAGGAUUUCCAGCGGGCGGUGUUUGUGUGCACGGGAUCUAACCUGAGUCCCCACCUGGUGGACACCGUCUUUAACAUCUUUGAUGCAGACGGAGACGGACAUCUUAGUUAUAUGGAGUUUAUCUCGAUCAUGAAGGAUAGACUUCAUCGCGGAUCUAGGUCCCAUCUAAUGCAUACCCAGGAUAAAUGGACUGCAUUCAAAUACUGCAUCAAAAACGAGAUGAGGACGUAUCACUAGACAGCAGAGAACUGACAGAAUCUCAAGAGAGAAUACAUAUUUGAUUCUUGUGAUGAGAAUGAUUUUAAUAGCUGACUUUGGAGUUUGACAUAUCAACUUUAACCUGAGAUUCCUGGGUGACCUGUACUGGCCGGUCGUUUGUUGAUGUGAUGACCACAUUUUUGUGAAUAUUUGUAUCAUCAUGUCACCAAAUUCUCCACACUGCCUUUGAAUACUUAGUUUCUCAAGAAGUGAGUGAAUGAAGUGAGAAUAUAACCAUAUCCAAACAGCACUCAGACAAGGGUAGCUGGUCAUUCAGGAGGCAUUAUUUCUGUUUGUGUUACCCUGGAGGACUGUUAGUGUAUUAUGAAUACUGGCAUUCUCCUGUUCCCGCUUUCUCUCUGUGAUAACCUCCAUUUGGCAAGGGAGACAAUUCAUUGCAUUAUGUAACUGUUAAGUUUUGUAGAUGUUUUUUAUUCAUUUAUUGAACUGUUUAUUGGCUUUACCUAUGAGUUUGUCUCCCUUGCCAGUGUUUCGUUAUUUCGAUCGUGUGUAGUAAUUUGUUAUUUUAUGUAUAAGAUCACAACUGUCCUUAAUUUAUUAUAUUCAAUAAAUUCUAAAAGCUAA